UGGCAAGACUACGGCUUGAGCUUGCAUCGCGCUAAGUUUAAGAAUCAGUAGUCAUGCAAGGGAUUCUCCAAGGUGCAAUGCUUGUUCCGGAACCAGCUGCAUGGCAGAGCAUAGUAGGAUGCGGCGGAACUCUAUCUUGUCAGCUUUGGCGGACAUCCAUUUCAAUCGGAAUUAUUUUGAGUUAUGUGUAGUACACAACAUUUGUGAUGCUCUUGAUCUGCAAUGUCUCGGCCCAUGUCGGUGCCAAUGUGGUGCCUUGUAACCCAGAAUUUGCUUGGUUUAGAGAGUGAGAGAGGAGGGAUAGAGCAGUGCCAGACAUGUGUAGAUGGCGCAAUGCCAGCCGAACCUUUGCUCUUCCAUUUGCAUUGGUCCUUUUGGUGAGACCUAGCUGGGAUGCCUUCCUUACAUCAGCUGCAGAGGUUCCCGACACUUCGAGGCGUCAUGCAGUUGGACUAGCUACGCUGGUUGCCCUUCGCACAGAGCCUGCGAAGGCAGCAGGAGCUGCAACUCAGAUCUUGGCUAGCAAAGAUGCUCUGGACAAGCUGAGAGCAGACGAAUGCUGGACCAGAGUUGAUUGCAAUGGUGAUGACAUUCGGCGAGUAGCAGGAACAGUUGGAACUGUUUCGCCACUCUUCAAAAUCAAGGAUGCUUUGAUGGAGGUCUACAUGGAAGAGCCUUCAGGAGCCUUCAAUGUCGUUUUGCGUCGGAGGAUGUGCUCCAACACCUAUCUCAACUUGAUUACCAGGCGUAUUGCACCAUCUUCGCAAUCAAUGGUGGCCCUGAGAGCUUCAGAAAGUUCAUGGCGCAAGCAUCUGCAGCGCUGGACGUAUGUGUGAAGGACUUUACAGCUUUGGCCAAGGUUGUUUCAGCCUGAAGAUGGACUGAGCCAUGGUGAAGCUGGAAACUCGUUUCACACUUCGUAAGUGCCAGAUUCCUGGCAGACAACUUUUGGAUUGAGAUGAAUGGGACAGUGGUUGGUUCGACUGCCAACGCAGAAAACAAGUACGCCGCUUCCGAUGCCAGGUUGGGUUGUGUAGUGUAGGUUGGGUAUAUUUUGGGUUACUUG